AUUCAAUAUGGCGGUAUGUCGUCAGUGCUGUGCUGUGUCGUGGCAGUGUGAGUAACAAACUAUACAUUCAAAUAAGCCUAUACACAGGGGAGCUCCGAUUCAGCAAGCAUUGAAGACAUCUGAGGAUCUAGUGUAGUUUAUUAUUAAGUACAUAUUCUUUUGCAAUAAGAGUGUUUUGGUGUAUAAAUUUGUGACUUCUGUGAAGACAAUUUGUGUUCUACAAAACAUUAAAGUUGAAUAAGAUGUGAUUUCAUUUAUAAAUUUAUAUUGGUUUUGUAACAUUAACACCACACUUUUUUCUGUGAUAUAUUGGUACAUAAUACUGAGAUUUUUUGACUUAUAUACAAGAAGAGAAAUAUUGUCCAAAAUAAUGUCGAGUAAUCCUCAGUGGAAAAUGUUCCAGCCGCCAGAUUCACACUCCUCACCUUUACAUGAUAUUUUAGAUAUACAGCAAUCAAAUAUGCAGGCAAAACAGGUUUUUCGUAAUGGAACUUACAGCAGUGAGUAUCCAAGUUCACCAAGAGACAACUAUCAUAAUAUGGGCAAAUCGGGUGGUAGUAACAGAUUUUCCCUUGGAAAUUUCAAUUUGGAUUCUUGUCCCAUGGGAGAUUCAGCGGGAGUGUACUCAUCCAGUUCGAACAACAGCCAACCUCAGUAUGAUUCCAUGAAUCACCCACCUAUCAGGGAGACAGGGAUAAUUGAAAAAUUACUUCAUUCCUAUGGCUUUAUACAAUGCUGUGAAAGGCAAGCACGUCUGUUCUUUCACUUUAGCCAGUUUGGGGGUAACAUAGACCAUUUAAAGAUAGGUGACCCAGUUGAGUUUGAAAUGACAUAUGACCGUCGCACCGGUAAACCAAUAGCUUCAACCGUUACAAAGAUAGCACCAGAAGUAGUGCUGAGCGAAGCACGCGUGACCGGUGUAGUAACUACUGAGGUCAAGGGAGAAGGGUCAGGCGACAAUACAGGCAGGAUCUCGUAUGAGAACCGAGGUGAAUGUUUUUUCCUGCCUUAUACAAAGGACGAUGUCGAGGGCAAUGUGACUCUCCGCACUGGUGAUGCUGUGAGCUUUCAAAUUGCUACCAACCAAAGAGGUACACUAGGCGCAUGUCAUGUCCGCUUUGAGAAUCCAGCUCACCCCGUAAAGUAUCAUGGUGUGGUAUGUUCUAAGAAAGAGAAUUUUGGUUUCAUUGAACGAGCUGACGUUGUCAAGGAGAUUUUCUUUCACUAUUCCGAAGCUAAGAUCAAAGAGGAGUUAUCAUUAGGAGAUGAUGUGGAAUUUAUAAUUCAAACUAGAAAUGGUAAAGAAGUGGCGUGCAACAUAACGAAACUACCGAGUGGUUCAGUGGUGUUCGAGGAUGUCAGUCCGGAAAUCAUGCGGGGUCAAGUCUUGAAGCCUCUGGAACGUGGCAACAUGGUCAGAGUGCCGCAAAACGAUCCGCUACCCGGCAGGAUUAGAUACCGCGCCGCAGACCAUUCGGAAGUAGAGGUACCUUUCGGUGAUAAAGACCAGUGUGGUGAGUUCACGCUGCGGCAUGGAGAUUGGGUCCAAUUCCAAGUGGCGACAGAUAGACGGGACCAGUUGAAACGUGCUACUAAUAUAUCAUUACUUGACGAAUCUUUCAAUGUUUCCGGCGAAAGGAGGGAACAAGGCGUCGUGUGCUCCCUCAGGGAGGGAUUCGGGUUCAUACGUUGCGUCGAAAGGGAACAGACGAUGUUCUUUCAUUUCGCGGAAGUUCUACGUCUCGGUCAAGAGCUAAGUGUUGGUGAUGAGGUCGAGUUCACAGUCGAUCCAGUGUCAACAUUCUCAAACAUGAAUACUCGUCAGUCGGCGAUACGUAUAAAACACCUAACGCCCGGCACCGUUCAAUUCGAAACACUUCUCGAACGCGGCGUCCGAGGCAUCAUCACCAAGGAGGCGCAGAUUUUAUCAUCAUCAUCGUCAUCGAGUCCAACCAGAAACCCGCCGACUGAAACUGGUAUCAUAACGUGCCAGAUCAAUAAUAUGAAGAAAUCAAUUUCGUAUACAGCGAAGAAAUGUGAAUCGAAAAUGCUUCCGCGCGUCGGAGACAAAGUCACCUUUGACAUUUAUCAGGUUAAAAGAACAAAGGAGUUAAUCGCUAUGUCGAUACAGAUACAGCACAGCCUAACGAACGGUAGCAACACAAACGGUAACAACCAGCGUCCUAUCAUGCAGGGCUUCAUAGCGGCUUUGAAGGACGCCUUCGGCUUCAUCGAAACUGCCGAUCACACGAAGGAGGUUUUCUUUCAUUUCAGUAACUUGGAAGGCAACCCGGACGGACUCGAGUUGGGUACGGAGGUGGAGUACAGUCUCGGUCGGAUCAACGGCUCGGGCGGUGGUUGCGCCAGUGCGGAGUUUGUCAGGGUACUGCCGAAGGGCACGGUGAGCGUUGCCAAGCCCUUGGAACCGGCGCUCAGCGGCACCGUGACCCGCACGCUGAGGGCCCUGAACCCGGACCAAGCCAAGUAUUCAGGUCUAAUUCAAACAGAAGGCGGAACGUCAUACGAGUUCGGUAUAAUGGGUCUAUCGUGCAAACGUGAAAUACUACAAGUUGGCGACCCGGUGACCUUUCAAGCAGACGUCGAAGGAAGGGCCACUAACAUUGUACCGGUGAGGAAGAAGAGACGUGCUACUGUUGACGCUAUAAAAGGUGGGUUCGGUUUCCUGUCGAUAGAGGGCGAAGAGAACCGUCGCCUGUUCUUCCACAUGUCGGAGGUACGCGGCAACCCUGCGGAUUUGCAGUCCGGCGACUCGGUCGAGUUUGUGAUGCUGACGAAUCCUAGGAACGGGAAGUCGUCCGCUUGUAAUGUUGUUAAAGUCGGGUAAUCUCUCCGUGAGCGUCCGGAGCGGCUGUUGGCGCGUCUACGCACGGUGUCCUUGGAGGAGGCGGCGGGUCCGCGCGUCGUACUCGCGAGGCCGCCGCGCGGACCGGACGGCAGCCGCGGGUUCCGGCCGAGGAGACCGCUGGCCGAACAAUUGGCCGAGUGAGUCUUGGAUAUCGAACGGCGAGGCCUGAACAGUUACUUUACUACAGCUACGUAGGUAAACAUCCUAGGUUUGAUUUUCAAAUUAUCAAAGGAAUGGUAAACUAUAUCAACCACGGCACCCUCCACUACACACACUGUGUCUUUAACUCAUGUCCAAUUACGUGUAACGUCUUUUUUAGUCUUUUUUAUUAAAUAUUAGCUGGAAAUGUGUUUGUUUGUUGAAAUUAAUUCCGUUUUGAUAAUAUUGUUUUUAUACAAUGCGCUAUAGAGCUUGAACAGGGAGUGCCUUUACGUUGUAUAGUUUACCUGAACGUCAUUUGUAUUCACGAGAGACUGAUCCUUUCUUUAGCAGCAUUUAGGGAAUUUUCGUUAUUUUUACUAAUAUAAUUUAGGUGAAAAAAAAAAAAUGAUUAAAUAAAAAUUUAAAAAUUAUAUAAAAUAAAAUUCAGCUGUUCAUUAAUCGAUCGAUACAUCACCGAUUAUAGUUUGUAAACGAGCGAGGAACAUAUCAAACUAAAGAGAAAUGUUGAUUUGCUUUUUAUUAUAUAAUUUUAAUAUGAGGUUCUUUUUCGCAUAUACACGUUGUUCAAAAUUCCGUUACUGUUCCGAGGAUAGUUCUUAGUCGAUUCUGCGACGCAUAUCAUGUGGAGUCAUUAUUAGUAUUAUAUUUGGUAGAUAAAUUGCUUAUUAAAACUAGCAUGGUCUCCCACAACUUACGUCGAAACAUAUGUUAUAUUUUCUUGUUUUCUAAUAAAUUAUAGAAAUUUACUUUCUAACGUGUCAAUAAAAUCAUUUAAAUUGA